AUGUCGUGUUCCUUCAAGAUCAUAUGUGGAGGAGAAUGCGGCGCAGAAAAUCGUGCGAGAAAAGCUGAAACCGUAAUUCCAUUAGUGUCUUGCUGUAAAGAAAUAGCGAAUCAUAAGAAAUCGCUCGAUUUUUUCGGUAUAGAGACUGAGGUGGACAUCAUACUUGCUCGAUGUGGAAUGUUCAAUUCAUCGGGUUCAAAUGCUCAAGAGAUGACUAUUUGUCCGUCGCAUCGAUCAAGGCUAGGAAUUGGUUGGAGAAGGACAAGGAAGUCAUGCUGUUUGCCCCCCUCGAUUUCCAAACACGCAAGAGAUUCAAGACGUGUUCCAUUGGCACAAAGGGGAAUCAAUUUCUUUCAGUCUCGCAAAAUAAUGGAAAUAACAAACGAGCUUAUCCCUGUUGGUUCUGGUAUAUCCCUGAAACUGACUCGUGUGACACCAGAUUCACCAAUUACUCCAAAGUGUAGAAGAGAAAGCGUAUAUGUGCCUUCUCGAAAAGAAGAGGAAGAGUUAGAUGAAAACGUCGAAGCUUCUAAAUGUGACAAUGAUGAUAAUGAUGAUGAUGAUGAUGAGCCCCGUCGACAGCUCAAUGGUUUUUUACAGCUUCGAGAUAUAAGUCCAAUUCGCGUUUCCCUAUCAAUACCCUGGAAUAAAGCCCACGAAAGAACGAAGCGACGCUACGUAAGAAAAGCGAAGCAAUGUAUUUCUGCYGUGUUAGAUGUUCUUACUCCUGAAGAUUCCAUAAGCCUUUGGAGGGCAUUGUAUGAAAAUAACAAUGUGGGCAAAGAUGAAGAAGAAAUCACACCCAAAGGUGAUAAAGAACUAGAACUGCUCGAAGCYUAUGCUGAAAGUUAUGCAAUAGCACAGCAUUGGAGCAUGCGGCGACAAAUUCUGUCGAUGAUGGCUGACAAAAUUACCUUCAAAGAACUUAAGCAACAUAUUCCUAUGCUGACCCGAUAUCGUUACAACAUAGCUCGUCGGCACAGACUGUUACAUGGCCGAGCAGCACCGCUUCCAAGUUGGGAAAACAAAAGAAUGAGAAUUGAUCCGUCUCAGUUAGAGACUCGUACAUCUCUCCAAGGACUUGAUAAUUUUUCAGCACAGGGAAGUGACGCCUUUGACGAGCUUGACAGCCUUGUUGACAAACUAAUUGAUUGUGGAAAAACUCAAAUUUGGGGUAGAGACAUCAAGCAACAAUUACGAUCAUCACAACAGUACCUGAAGGGUGAUUAUAAGUUGCAUGUUGCUGAAUCGUCGACCAUUUCAGAUCAUUGUCGCGUUUAUGUGCUUAGUGACCCGAACGACGCAGACUUCAAAGGCGAUUGUGACCAUCUCCACCUUGAUUCAUGUGCGCAAUGCUCUCAGUUGAAAAACGUAUUUCGCAUCUUGGAAAAUGAAUGCGCCACUACAUCAUGUAGUGAUGGAGAAGAGAAAAGUGACAUGGUGUAUGUGCUCCAACGCGCUAAAGAUGCUAUCUUGUCCUGGAAAGCCCAUCUAUUGCGAUCUGUCCACCAAGAUGAGGCAAAGCAUUCCGUCCUAAACAAAUUUGAUAACAAAUCUGUGCUCUUGGUACAAGACUGGGCAAUGAAGUAUAUACCACGGAAAUUCAGAGAAGCCCAGUCUGACUGGUUUGCCAAGCGUGGUCUCCCAUGGCACAUUACGGUUGCUGUUYGGAAGUCACAAGAUAACAAGCACCUUGAGUCUACAACCAUUGUUCAUGUGUUUCAAAGCUGUACACAAGACAGCAGCACGGUGUCUGGCAUAAUGGUAGAUUGUCUUCGUUUGCUGAAAAAAGAAAUGCCUUAUCUGGAAAAAGCGUACUAUAAACAAGACAACGCUGGCUGUUAUCAUAGCGGAAAUUCCAUUGUAUCUGCUAAGCUGGCUGGUGAUCUUGCUGGCGUGACUAUAAUAAGGAAUGACUUUUCGGAUCCCCAGGGAGGAAAGGGAGCGUGCGAUAGCCAAGUAGCCACAAUUAAGGGGGCAAUUGGAAGGUAUGUAAAUGAAGGCCAUGAUGUAAACAACGCUUUACAACUCAAAACUGGUAUUGAAUCAGGACAAGGACUAACUGGAGUUAAGGCCACCUAUGUUGCUGCUACAACUGCUAGCACACUUUCAUUGAAGUGGGAUGGUAUAAGCCUGCUAGAUAACUUUGAAUACGAAAUGAAUGGUAUUCGAGUAUGGAGAGCAUUCAAUGUUGGUCCAGGCCGAUUAGUGCCUUGGGAUACCUUUGGCGUAUCUACUGAAAAACUCGGUGCUUUAGAAACCCUGAAUUCAACAUCUUUGGCAUCUAACCCCGCCUUUCGAGUUGUUAGACACCGAUACACCAAGAAAACUUCAAAUGCAAUUCAGUU